UCUGACCUUUCAAAAACAGUUACAAAACAACUAAACAAAAGUCUUAUUUAUUACUCAAGAAAAUAUAUAUUUUAGAAACUGAUCACAUAAUGAAGUGAAAUAAACUCGAGCAGACUCUAGUAUAUGCAUAAAGUUGCAUAUUUCUUCGGAUAAACUGAUAAUUUGCAGUUUUAUUAACAUAAAAAUGAAAAAAUUUAUGUGUUAACAAACAUAAAAAAGUUGACUCUGACUGAGAAGUGACUGGACGGUGAACUGGAAGCUGAACUGCCAAGUGCAUUGAAGCAUCUGCAAGUGAAAGGCCCUACCAAAGACAAUAAUCAGUUCGGAAAAAAUAAUCGAAAUGGCCACUCAUGUUGCAAGAGUACGGCUGCUUUACAAGAGCAUUUUACGACUACACAGAGGAUUGCCUGUCGAACUACAAGCGGUCGGGACGCAAUAUGUAAGGGAUGAAUUCAGACGACACAAGGACGCCACACCAGAGGCCACCGAAAAGUUCAUGAAGGAGUGGAUUAUAUACUGCAACAUGCUUGCAAAGCAGCUCGGUAAGAGAACAAAAGUACAAACGAUUGGAGCAGAUUUAGCAGAUGAUACUCUUGGAACCUUGACGGAGGAGCAGAUCGGACAAUUAUACGAACUUCGUUCCGAGUCAGUGAAACCACGAGAUCCUGAGAAUCCAUUCGGACCCCCACUCGAUGAAGCAAAGUCUUGAUGUUUUAGAGACAGUUAGGACAAUUUAGGAUGAUAAAUUAUUGACAAUAUAACUCAAAUUCUUUUAGAGAAAGAAUAUGAACAUGCACAAAUCAUAAAUUUUGGACAAUAUUAUGUCUACUAAGGAUACAGAACUGAUAAGAUCUGUAUUGCCACCUGUAGCAAAAUGCCCUCCAAUCUAUCCUCGGUAAUUUCAGCCUUUCAAGAAAAUAAGAAAUUUGCUAUA